GGCCACCAAGUGGGCCCAAAGACAGGCCAAGAGGGCCUCCGUAGACAUCUUGGUUCAAGCCAUUGACCCAGUGGAGGUCUCCAAGUUGGUAUCCUGUCUGGUUCCGGGCUGGACAGCCCCCCAUCGCCAGACUCCGCGCCAUGCUUCAGGAUGGUGAGGCGGCUCUCGCCGAGCAGGGGAAGGGGAAGGUGGCGCGCCCUGAGCCGGACGGGAUCAGCUUGGCCCUCACGCGAUGCCCAACGGAAGAGCUGCUCGCCUUCUCCGUCGGCGACGGCGGCCAGGACGCCAACGCGCACGAGGAGAGCUGGAGCUGGGGCGCCACCGCGCUGCCGGAGAACGGCGGCGAGCUGGCGCUCCUCGAGGUGACGUCCCCCGCCCGCCCGCGCCCCAGCCCCCCCAGGCGCCUCAGGUCCGAGGCGUACUGGGAGCAGAAGGCCGCCGUCGCCGCCAGGUGGCCCGCACGUUCGCCUUGGGAGCUGGGCGUGAGGGCGCGUCGCCCGUGCCUCGACGAAGGUGGGAGCGGCCUGGCCGGCAGCCGCGAAGGGCACCGCUUCGGGCCCGCGGCGCCCGCGGCGCCGGCGGCGGGGCGCGCCGAGGGCGACGGCGCGAUCGGCAGCCCCGGGAGCCGGGCGGGCGCCAUCUCGAGGGCGUUGCGCCGCGAGGCGCGCGGGCCCCCCGCGCCGCCGGGGUCGCCCUCGGCGGCGCUCGGGGCCGCUCCGAGCUCGCGCGGCUGAUCUCGAGCAAAAGUCGGCGGUGAGCCCGGGGGGGGGAAGGCAGUAUAACCAAACCACACUGACGUUUUCCUCUGUAUGAUCGUGCCGCCUGGCCAGGAGAGCCGCCAGCUAGUGGCGCGUGCCGUCAGCGCCCGCCUGGCCGCGUCCAUUUGGGGGGAGCGGUCAGGGGAGCUUCCCUCAGUCCAGGGCGAGCCCUGCACCUCGUAUCAGAUGGAUCAACGUGGACGCCUCCUGCCUCGCGCGCCAGACGCACGGCACGAAUUUUUAUCCCUGGACUUUUUUGUCGUGAUUCUGGAUGUUCCAAAGAUUUUGCUAGUCACUGCACUACUUGGCAUGGUUCACGCCAGCCCAGGGGAAUAGCAUGGAAACGGCGCAGGGCACGCCACGUGGCCACGGGCUGUCAGCCGCGCCGUAUAUAUUGCGUGAUACGCAGCUUCGUCCACAGCGUCAGGCGCAAUGUGGGCGGAAAAGUUUAAGCACGUGCUCCUGUACAGUCUCGGCGUACGUCCAAGUAGGGCCGACUCUCAGAGUCUGUCCUGCGUUUCUUGCGCCAUGUCUUACCACGAUGGUGUUGGCAACAAUUUGUUCAUUCCUCGCCCAGUGGUGGCCAAUCCCCGAUCUUCAUGGCAACAGUUUCUUUUAAUGCCGUGCCCAGUGGUGGCGAACCCUCAAUCUUCAUCCUCCUCCUGCUCCGUCUAGGUUUCUUUGGAAGCGCUGCAGCGCCCACAUUUUUUCCCAACCAUCCUGUGGUGUUGGGUCCUCGUUUUGAAGAGACGGUGCCCCGCGUUCCUCCUCCUUCCUCCCGCUGCCCCCUCCCCCUCCUCCUCCCCCUUGCCUCUGC